UGGGGACAACAGGAUGGGCCGACCGGCACCGCUGAGCGCAGCUCCUGGUGGCGUCGGACGAGACCCGCGCGGGACCGUGCCUGACCGGCUUGGGCCCGGAAGAAGCGCGAUCCCUUGUCCGCUCAGAGCGGGCCUGCCUGAGGUGGCCAUCCCGGUUUCCCCUGCUCCGCGGCACCCGCCGCCCGGGACUCGCCGGCCGGCCGCAGGCAGAGAGAGGCGGCCGUGACUCAACUCUUCCCUCCGAGAAGAAAGGCCACGGGGCGGGGGAGCCGUGACUCCUCCUCCUCCCAGGGGAGGCCGCUGGCUGCCUGCCUGCCGCGCGGGGGAGGGGAGGCAGCCCACGGACAUCUGCUGCCUGGGGCUGGCAGCGAUUUGCCCACGCCUCUGCGUGGGGCGGAAGAAGGGGGAUGGUUUCCUGUUGUCUCCAUGCUGGGGAGCACAGACCGUGUGGGGGUGGGUUGUAUUGACCAAGGGAGGAGGUUUAAUCGUGGGGCUGGGGCUUUCCUGUGUCACACCUGCCUCUUUCUCUUCUAGGUAAGUGAGGAAAAAUGGCCCGUACAAAGCAGACUGCCCGUAAAUCCACUGGUGGCAAAGCUCCCCGUAAACAGCUGGCCACUAAAGCGGCUAGGAAAAGCGCUCCCUCUACUGGUGGAGUCAAGAAACCUCAUCGCUACAGGCCUGGUACUGUAGCCCUUCGUGAGAUUCGUCGUUAUCAGAAGUCGACAGAGCUGUUGAUCCGUAAGCUUCCCUUCCAGAGGUUGGUAAGGGAAAUUGCCCAAGACUUCAAAACAGACUUGAGGUUCCAGAGUGCAGCCAUUGGUGCACUGCAGGAGGCUAGUGAAGCAUAUCUGGUGGGUCUGUUUGAAGACACAAACCUGUGUGCCAUCCAUGCCAAGAGAGUCACUAUCAUGCCCAAAGACAUCCAGCUGGCUCGCAGGAUACGGGGGGAGAGAGCUUAAGUGGAAGCAGUUUUUAUGGUGUUUUGUAGUAAAUUCUGUAAAAUACUUUGGUUUUAAUUUGUGACUUUUUUUGUAAGAAAUUGUUUAUAAUAUGUUGCAUUUGUACUUAAGUCAUUCCAUCUUUCACUCAGGAUGAAUGCUAAAAGUGACUGUUCACAUAAACCUCAGUGAUGUGAGCCUUGUUGCUCAAGAGUGACAAGUUGCUAAUAUGCAGAAGGGAUGGGUGAUCUUUCUUGCUUCUCAUGCAUGUUUCUGUAUGUUAAUGACUUGUUGGGUAGCUAAAAUUGUAAGGUACUAGAAUUGAUAUAAAUGUGUACAGGGUCCUUUUGCAAUAAAACUGGUUAUGACUUGA